AUGGAGCGGGAGGAGCUGAUCCGCCUCCGUUGCGAAGAAGUCCGGCAGCGGGAGGAGGAGAGGCGGCAGAACAAACUCAUGGAGAAAGAGGAGAAGAAACGCAGCAAGGAGGAGCAGCGUUGGGAGAAGCGGAUGCGUCAAGUGGAGAGGAAGCGUCGGAAGGAACGGAUCAAGGAGCUGGAGCGGGAGCUGAAACGUUUGCGAAUCCGGAUGGACAACGACAUUCAACGCCGCCGGGCGGCAGCACGACAGUUGGUCCAAGUUGGGGCCGACGCUCCGGCGGGUAUGGUGGCCGUGCCUCAGCUUGCUCAUGAAUCCUUGAUAGACGACGCGCACUUGGAAGAGACGGAGAAAGCGUUGCCCCUGCCCCCAUCGUCUACACCCUCCUCGAAUUCGCGCUUUUCGUCCGCCAACAACCUCCUUUCCUCUCGGACCAUGGCGGACGUCCUCCAAGUCUGGGAUGUGGGCUACACGCUCGCGGGGAAGAUGGGGAUGUCAGAGUGGCCCUCCCUCUCCCUCUUCUUGAAAGCCUUGGAUGCCGCAGAAGCCUGCAAAGACCGUCAUCCCACGCCCCGGGAAGAACGACGGAUGCGCGUCCUUUCCGAAGUGGCACAACGCCUCACCGGCGUUCUCCUCCCCGACAUCGUGCAGACCUUGAUGUAUUCCUCUCCUAGCCAGGGAGGAAGCGGGGCAGGGAGCGGGGCAGGCAUCGACCCAGAUCCGACGCUGCCGUUGAACGAAAUGACAUGGCCGGAGUUGGCCCGGUGGGCCUUUAUGGCGCAAGCCUACCGUGUCAUGCAGUUACCGGUGGAUUUGGCAUAUGCAUUGCGUGGUCGCGGUGUAGAUUUCCAAAUGGAUGCCUGGGAUAAGAAAGCGUUGACCAUGGGACGUUUGCGGGAGGCCUCCAGGAUCCUAGCCCCGUUUCGGGAGGAAGGAGAGAAUCAAAACAAGAAAGGGUGGCUGGAGGCGAUCAAGCAAGCGGUGGAGAAGGCCAUGACCGCGUUGGAUAUGUACCAAAGUAAUUUGGGCGAGGGCGGUAUCUGGAAAGAGUUGGAGACCGACCCCAUCGCUGGUUCCAUGCAGCGGGGAGGAGAGCAACGGCCGCCGCAAGCACCGCAGCAGGAGGAGGAAGAAGAGGAGGAGGCGGAAAAGGACAUGCAGGAGCACUGGCAGUCACCCUCCAGCGUGGAGGGAGCGGGAGGAAAGAUAAGAGUAGGAGACAGUAGAUCAGGCGUGGGUGGCGGAGCAGGAGAAGGGGAAAUCAAGCAGGAUGGAGAAGAAUUGCAGAAGGUAUCUGGCACCCCUGCAAUUCCCUCUUCUUUGAACAGGGCUAUGACUAGCGAAUCGAUCGCGUCUAUGAGUGCCCCCUCCGUGACAUCGACCACAGGCGACGGACUCCCGCAACUUGCGUCGUCCACCGUGCCGUCCCUCCCUGCCUCGCCCUCCCUGGGAGGGCUCGGGGCAGAAAGGGAAGAAUGUGAGACCGUGGAAGGAAAAGAGGAAGAGGAUGGUAUGGGGAUAUUGACGAAAGGUGGAGAGGAAGAGGAAGAGGAAGACGAAGAAGACGAGGAGGAGGAGGAAGAGGAGGAGGACGAGGAGGACAUCGAUGCCUACAGGGACAUAACGCCCGAGGAUUUUGAGGCCAAAGCCGAGAUCAUCCGACGAUGCUACGCUAUCCUACAAGCUCUGAUGCAGGCUAAAGGAGGAAGCUUGUUUAAGUAUCAACCGCACGUGGAGGGUUACGGGGAGGUGGUAGCGCGUCCGUUGGGUCUGAUGGAUGUGACACGGAACUUGCGAAAUGGGCAAUACGAUGACUCGGUGGGGCGAUUCGCCGCGGACGUUCGGCGGGUAUUCAUCAAUUGUGCCCUCUUCAAUCCCGAAAACGACGUGAUUCUGCACGAUGCGGAUCGGUUGGUGGCUCGUUUUGACCGGCUUCUUUUGCAGUGGGUCCUGGACGUGGAUGCCCCCCCCCUGGAGGAACUGGGGUUGGACACCACUUGCAAGGUUUGUCGAGACCCGUACCCGCAGUCUGUGGAAGUUACGUUGGUGGGCGGGAUCAAGGAAUGGCGGCAGGUGUCCCCUCAGCAGUGCAACCGGUGCGACGCGUCCUUCCAUCCGGACUGCGUGAAAAUGCCUGUCUUGCAUCCCAACCGCAACGUGUCCGAACAAGGGAAGGAGAAAGAAUAUUGGUUCUGCGAGGAUUGCAUUCGGGAGCGGAUGCCCAAAGACGUGGACCCUUUCCUACGUCUUCGAGUCGUGAAGCAUUUUCCAGGCGUGGGAGCGUUUGCCGGGCGGGUUGCCUCUGUCCGUUACACGCGCGAGAAGGCUGUGGUCUUCCCCAACAGAACCCAGAACUCGCGCAGUUGCUUCUGCAACGCCCGGCAGCCAUCGAUGCCAAGUGUGAGUAUGAAGCGCUGGGUCACUGUCGCUGGGGGCUUGGGUACCUUCUAG